AUGUCCAGCAAAAAGGCGAAGACGAAGACCACCAAGAAGCGCCCUCAGCGCGCCACUUCCAAUGUAUUUGCGAUGUUUGAUCAGUCGCAGAUUCAGGAAUUCAAGGAGGCCUUCAACAUGAUCGACCAGAACAGGGAUGGCUUCAUCGACAAAGAGGACUUGCACGAUAUGCUCGCCUCCCUUGGAAAGAAUCCAACAGAUGAAUACCUAGAUGCCAUGAUGAAUGAGGCUCCAGGCCCCAUAAACUUCACGAUGUUCCUGACCAUGUUUGGUGAGAAGUUAAAUGGCACCGACCCGGAAGAUGUAAUCAGGAAUGCUUUUGCUUGCUUUGAUGAAGAAGCAACAGGGUUCAUCCAGGAAGACUACCUGCGGGAGCUGCUGACGACAAUGGGAGACAGGUUCACGGAUGAAGAGGUGGACGAGCUGUACAGAGAGGCACCCAUCGACAAAAAGGGGAAUUUCAACUACAUCGAGUUCACACGCAUCCUGAAACAUGGAGCAAAAGACAAGGAUGACUGAGCAAAUCCAUGUGUACCUGCAGAUAGCUGCAUUUUUUUUUCCCCAUUAAUUUUAUUUCUCAGGAUCAGUUUUUUUCUUUUUUUUUUUUCUUGUUGGGACCUUUUGCAUACAUUUUUAGCAUUCCAGCUUUUUCAUCUCUGGCUCAGGCACACCUGCACCUUUGUAGUAAGACUGAAAAUGGGCAGAGAGAGAGGAUGGCUUACAGUGAUAGAGGUUGAGGGACAAAGAUCAGGGAGUGUGGAGGCCCAGGUAAAAUGUCAGUGCUACUCAUCCUAGCUGGAUUAAUUUUACAUUUUUAAUGGUAACUUUUCAAAUAAACCACUGCUCUAUUAAGUACAUAGUUAAAAUUUUCAUGCUAGAAGUGGACUCUUUAUCUAAUGAUAUGUGUAAAUACUUUUGCAACUGUAUGCAGUCGUGUUGUUACCUAUUUUUGCCUUAAAAAUUAUGCAUAAGUCACUUAAGCAUACUGAUGUUUGUACUUCAGUGACUGAGUACUUUGCCUGCUACUGUGAGCACACACAAUGAAGAAGAAAUUCCCAUCCUUCAAAUUUUAGUGUAUUGUAGAUUAAUCAUUCUGUCCAAGACAUGCACAUUAAACACUUUAAAUCUUA